UUGCCCUUUAGUCACUCGUUUGGUACCGUCCGGGCAACCAUGGGUACCAAAAUGUUGGUUCCCGCUCUGUUUUGCGUUCUUCUGGGAUUUGCGGCAGCCAUUCCCCCAGAAGAUUUCCGGUCAAACUUGGAGUUCUUUGACUAUUCUUCAAAUGUAGCUGAACCAGCUUACCGGCUCCUCAACAAUGUGUAUCCUACUGAUGUGAAAGUAAACUUAGACAAUAUUAACCUUGAAGAAGCUCGAUUCACAGGAAGUGUGGAGAUGAUCGUUAUUGUGAGAGAAAACGAUUUACAUCAAAUUUCCAUGCACCAGAACAAUCUCAUUAUCACCAGGAUCAGUGUUGUUAACAACACAAAUGGCGAAAAUGUCCAAAUGAGGUCUCCUUCUCCAUUCACCCAAGACAGCUAUUAUGAACUUCUUCACCUUCAUUUUGCACUACCUCUGGUUGCCGGCUCGUACACCAUCAACAUCGACUAUACAGGCACCAUCAACAGAAACCCGCUCGACAGGGGCUUCUACAGAGGUUACUAUUACUACGAAAAUACUCUCAGGUACUACGCCACCACGCAGUUCCAGCCCUACCAUGCCAGGAAAGCUUUCCCUUGCUUCGACGAGCCACAGUUCAAGUCACGUUACACAAUUUCCAUUACUCGCCCUAGAACGCUUGGCCCAUCCUACUCCAACAUGGCCAUCAGUUCUACCGAAGAUCUUGGCAAUAGUAUUCGAGAAACAUUCUACCCAACUCCUAUCAUUUCGGCAUACCUAGUGGCUUUCCAUGUGAGUGAUUUUGUACCCACAACCGUUACAACCACCAAUCGUAGACCAUUCAGCAUUAUCUCUCGCCAAGGAGUGACGGAACAGCACUCGUAUGCUGCAGAAAUCGGCGUGGAAAUAACCAACCAGUUAGAUGACUACCUUGGUAUUGAGUACCAUGAAAUGGGUCAGGGUCAAAUUAUGAAGAACGAUCAUAUUGCUCUCCCUGACUUCCCUUCUGGUGCUAUGGAAAAUUGGGGAAUGGUUAACUACAGAGAGGCUUACCUUUUAUAUGAUCCUGCUAACACUAACUUGAUCAACAAGAUAUUCAUCGCAACCAUCAUGGCUCAUGAACUUGGACACAAGUGGUUCGGUAACCUGGUCACCUGUUUCUGGUGGAGCAACCUUUGGCUCAACGAGUCUUUUGCUAGCUACUUCGAAUACUUUGCUGCACACUGGGCGGAUCCGCAUCUUGAAUUAGCUGAUCAAUUUGUCGUUGACUACGUGCACAGUGCGCUCAAUGCAGACGCUAGUCCAUCGGCUACUCCCAUGAACUGGACUAAUGUUGAAGACAACCCCACAAUCACAGCCCACUUUAGUACUACCAGUUAUGCCAAGGGAGCUUCAGUGCUCAGAAUGUUGGAGCACCUCGUUGGAGCAAGGAACUUCCGUAAUGCCCUCAGACAUUACUUGAAGGAUAAUGCAUACGGCAUCGGCACCCCUGUGCUAAUGUACCGUGCAUUUGAAAAGGCUAUCGCUGAAGAUUACGCCUUCCAACGUGAUUUCCCUGAAGCCGAUAUUGGGGCUGUGUUCGACAGUUGGGUCCAAAACCGUGGUUCUCCAGUCGUAAUGGUUAACCGAACUGCAUCCACUGGUGGCAUUGUUGUUACUCAGCGCCGUUACCAACUUUCUGGCACCAUUCCCGAUCAAAUGUGGCAGAUCCCUCUUAGUUGGACCGAGCAGAGACAUUUGGACUUCAGCUCAACCAAGCCUAAAGCUAUUCUUUCUACACCAUCUGCACCUUACCCUAGUGAGGCAGGAGAUAACUUCGUCAUAUUUAACAUUCAACAGUCCGGACUGUACCGUGUCAAUUACGACGAUGACAACUGGAAGGCAAUCGCAUCCUAUCUGAACAGCAACAACCGCGAACGAAUUCACAAACUGAACAGAGCUCAGAUUGUCAACGAUGUACUACACUUCAUUCGCUCUGAAGAUAUCGACAAGACUCUUGGCUUCGAAGUUCUUGACUUCUUAAGGAGUGAGACUGACUACUACGUGUGGAAUGGUGCUCUUACUCAGCUGGAAUGGAUCCGACGUCGGUUUGAGCACUCGCCUAGAGCUCACGCGGCAUUUACUAGCUACCUCCGUGGACUAAUGAACAAUGUUAUUAACCACCUCGGAUACGACGAACGCCCCAACGACUCCACUUCCACAAUCCUGAACAGAAUUCAGAUCCUGAACUUCGCCUGCAACAUUGGGCACAGCGGUUGCAUAUCUAACAGUUUGGAGAAAUGGAACAAUUUCAAAGAAAACAACGUAGCGGUGCCAGUGAAUCUUCGUCGCCAUGUUUAUUGCACUGGUCUUCGUGAGGGAGACAGAUCUGACUACGACUUACUGUUCAAUACAUACAACUCAUCACAAAAUACCGCUGACAUGGUCGUCAUGCUUCGAGCUCUUGCUUGCACCAAAGAUCAAGAGGCUCUCACUCAUUACUUGCAACAAAGCAUGCACAGCGACCUGAUUCGUAUCCACGACCGUACCAACGCCUUCAGCUUUGCUCUACAAGGAAAUCUGGAAAAUGUACAAUUCGUUAUCCGUUUCCUUCAAAGCAACUAUAUUACUAUCAGAAAUACAUACGGUGGUGAAGCUCGUUUGAAUAUCUGCAUCAACGCCGUUGCCGCCUUCUUGAACACGUUUGAGGCAAUAACUGAAUUCCAGCGAUGGGUGUACGAUUCACAAAUCGGCUUAGGAGGGUCCUUUAACGUCGCUGUGGGUGUAGUCAACAGUGCUAUGGCCAAUCUUGAAUGGGGCGCCAACACUUCACUUGAAAUCUUCAAUUUCGUUUCAACUAGAGGAGCUUCUUCCGCCAUCUUCGCUUCGUCUUUCCUCAUCCUAGCAGCUAUGCUCAUUCAGCUGCUUCGUUAAAAUAAUUUAACAUAAAUCUAUACAAAUCAAUCAAUCACCAAGUAAGGUUAUUGAUAAAUUAGGAAAAUUCUUCUGCGGAGUUUUCAAAAAAACUUAUCUAUUAUACAUAAUAAAUUAAUAACAAAACUCUAGAAAUAGUUUUCCA